AUGGCGACGGACGAGGAGGUGGCGUGGUGCGCGGAGCUCCGCCGCGCGGUAACCUCCCUUCAGGACAGCAUCGAUGCCGCGCGUUCCUUCGACCACGUGCGGCUCCCCGCGGACGGCCCGGUGAGCGCGGCGGACGUGGUGGAGUACGCGCGAAGGAUCUCGUACACGACGUUCGCGCCCGCGGGGUAUCAGCCCGGUGCGCCGCUGCACGGGAUCAUGCCGCCGGCGCCGCAGGACGAGCACUUCGCGGCGUCGCACCUCGCGGCACACGCGGCACAGGCGAGGCAGAGGGAGGAGGCGCGGAGGGCUAGGGAGAAGGCUGCGGAGGAGGCGAGGAAGGCGGCGAGCAGAGGGGAGAUGCCGCCGAUCGAGACCGUCAUCAAGCUGCUGUCGGCGUGGAAACCCGGGCAGCCGUGGCCCGCGGGGAUACCCGCGCCGCCGCCGGGAUGGAAACCGGGGGAUCCGCUGCAUCUGGGCGCGCCCAAGCCCAAGGAUGAUGGGGGUAAGGGAUCGGUACGGGUCGAGCCGCCCGCUCGCGUGGUUCCCGCGGCGGUGACGGCACCACCCGUCAAGCCGGCAAAGCCGGUGAUGCCCAAGGUGCCGUUCGUGAAGAUAGACCUCCACUCGGACUCGGACGAGUUCGAGGAGGUCUCCGCGUCGGACUACUCUUCGGACAGCGACUAG